GCGCCUGCACACUGGGACCCUCCACCUGCCAGAAAAAAUGUCUGAGAAAGCAGCUUUCGACACCAACGUGCUGACGCUCACCAGGUUUGUCCUGGAGGAGGGCAGGAAGGCCCAUGGAACGGGAGAGCUGACGAACCUGCUCAACUCCAUCUGCACGGCGGUCAAAGCCAUUUCCUCUGCUGUCAGGAAGGCUGGGAUUGCCAACCUGUAUGGCAUCGCAGGAAGCACCAAUGUGACUGGAGACCAGGUGAAGAAGCUGGACAUCCUGUCCAAUGAUCUAGUCAUCAACAUGAUCAAGUCCUCUUUCAGCUCCUGCGUCCUGGUCUCGGAGGAGGAUGAGCACGCCCUCAUCGUGGAACCAGAUAAGCAAGGAAAAUACAUCGUGUGCUUUGAUCCGCUCGACGGUUCCUCCAACAUCGACUGCCUCGUCUCCAUCGGGACGAUUUUUGCCAUCUACAAAAAGACCACCAAUAGUGAUCCGUGUGAGAAGGAUGCACUGCAGUCGGGCAGAAACAUCGUGGCUGCUGGUUAUGCUCUGUACGGCAGCGCCACCAUGUUGGUUCUCUCCACGGGUCAGGGAGUGAACGGCUUCAUGCUCGACCCCGCGAUCGGGGAGUUCAUACUGGUGGAUCGAGACGUUAAAAUCAAGAAAAAGGGGAAAAUCUACAGUUUGAAUGAAGGAUAUGCGCAACAGUUUUACCCAGAUGUGACAGAGUAUCUCCAGAAGAAGAAAUUCCCAGAGGAUGGCUCCGCACCGUAUGGCAGUCGGUACAUCGGUUCAAUGGUGGCCGACGUUCAUCGAACGCUGGUGUACGGAGGGAUCUUUCUCUAUCCUGCAAAUGUCAAGAGUCCCAAGGGAAAGCUGAGGCUGCUUUACGAAUGCAACCCCAUGGCCUUCAUCAUGGAGCAGGCAGGAGGCGUGGCCACGACCGGCUCGGAGAACAUUCUGGACAUCCAGCCCACAUCCAUCCACCAGAGAGUGCCUGUGGUCCUGGGAUCCCCGGAUGAUGUGCAAGAGUACAUCUCCAUCUACAAGAAGCAUCACAAAUGAGGACUGAAGGAGGAAGAGGAUCCAGACACUCUGCCUCACACUGGGCUAAUUACAUCCUAGUACUGCAUGCUAUUUGUAGAGAGAUACCCUGUAUUUUUUAAAUAAAGACAAAUGGAAAAGA